AUGCUGCGUCGUGCUGCUGCUGCCGCUGGUCUUUGCGCCGCCACACGUGGCGUGGCGCUGAUGGCCUACACGACACUGCCGGAACUCAAGAAACCAAAGGGAGCCCCGGCGGAGUUGCCGAAGUUGGCCUUUGAUUGGAAGAACGGCUGCGCCCCCGUCUUCAGUCCGCGACAGAUUGAGCUGCACUACACAAAACAUCACAAGGCGUACGUUGACAAGCUUAACGCGCUGGCGGGAACAGGCUUUGAUGGUAAAACCAUUGAAGACAUCAUCCUCGCCGUGGCAAACGACGUCGAUAAGAAGGUGCUCUUCAACCAGGCCGCGCAGCACUUUAACCACACCUUCUACUGGCGGUGCAUUACGCCGAAUGGAAAGCCAAUGCCGAAGUCGCUCGAGUCGGCAAUCGCGGCGCAGUUCGGGUCGGUUGACAAAUUCAAGGACACCUUCGCGCAGGCUGGUGCGAACAACUUUGGCUCCGGCUGGACGUGGCUCUGCGUGGACCCUGCGAAGAAGCAGCUGGUCAUUGAUAACACGAGCAACGCUGGAUGCCCGCUAGCGACAGGAAUGCGCCCCAUCUUCACCGUUGAUGUCUGGGAGCACGCUUACUACAAGGACUUUGAGAACCGCCGGCCGGAUUACCUGAAGGAGAUCUGGGCGGUGGUCGACUGGGAAUUUGUUGCGGAGAUGCACGCACAUGCGCUGAAGUAA